ACACUGUUUAUUGCUUUUGUCCCUUUUUUAUUUUUUGUCAAGGUCGUAAAAGGACAAGAUGACCCUUGUAGGGGUGUGGUCUGUCCAAGAGGCCGCAUGUGUGUUCCCUACACAAACGAUGAGGGGAAGAGCUAUUCCACCUGCGAAUGUCCAACCAGUUGCACACCGGAAGUGAACGAGCCUGUUUGCAGUUACUACAAUACAUCGUUCAUCAGUCGCUGUGAGAUGCAUAAGUUCGCUUGUGCGCACGACCUAACCAUGAAAGUGAAGAGUGAAGGAAGCUGCCCUUCCGAUACAGUCGGUAAUUAGUGUAAACCAGGGCCCAGUCGAUUAGUACUAUACCGGGGUUUAAUUUUAAUCUUGGUUUCUUUAUCUUUUGCUCAAAAGCAUUUUCUCGGAUAAUUUUCUCUAUUCUUUUUAGAGCAUCCAAUCAUCAAGCUGUGGGCGAAAAGAAUGUUUUUUCUUUUUAAGCUUUCAUAUCUGAAUUUAAAUUUCGUACUAACCCUGGGUUGUCUUAACCCAGCUUUGAUCAACUCGGCCCUGGGUCCAAUCUCGCCAUAAGUUUGGUGCCAAGCGAAUAAAGGGGAGGGGAGGGAGAGGCAGGGUUGGAGACUCUCCAAGGGGGGGAUUAACCCCCUCUAAGUUCUCUUUGUGACCAGCAACAAAUUUAUCCCAACAUUAUCACUGCCAAAUUAAAAGUGCAGAUCAAGAGAAAGAAUGAAAUGAUAAACAGUGAUAAUAGGUCAUGAUGAUGUCUUGACGUUUGAACUAAGUUUCUUAAGCAGUACAAUAAGAAACAUAUAUAUCGAGAACGGUGUGGAGAAUAUACAUAUUGAUAUCGGGGUUGAAAGGGUUAAUGCGCGCGAGUGCCUGAAAUACGCGGAAUUCUCUUCCGCGGCGUUUGUUAUAGACCUUCAAAAAAGUCCCUCGUCGGAUUUCAUUUGGCACGGGACCUCUCGCGACUUCGUCGGAUGUGUAUAACCAGCAAACAAAAUUUCACGGUGCAUUGUCCUUGAUGGUAAGAUCAUUUACGUGUUCCUUUGCAGUUGCUUGUUCCGAAGACUAUCUCCUACAAUUUCCAACUCGGUAUCUGGAGUGGAUAAUGAUUGCUCGUGAAGUCUCCCUCGAUCCAACAUUUUCUCUGAGUUCUGGAGCACGCGCCGAUGCCUUAACUGAAGCAGAAAGAAACACUAUCUUGUCGGUAAGAAGAACGUGACACUAAAUACCCUCAAGCGUGGAGAAAUAGCACUUUUAGGAUGCCUCCUAGCACUUUCCCUGCCAUCUUGGAGCCUGAAAUAGGCUAUAAUAUAUCGAAACUUUUCUAACAGCUCAUUGUUUAAGACAAUCUUUUCCUUUUGAUUUGCUUUUUAGUGGGAAUUUGAUUACAUUGACAAGAACAAGAACAAUGUCCUUGAUAAUGAAGAAGUGGGCCGAAUAUUUUUCGACUUGUUGAAUGCCGAGCCUUGUAUUGAAGGCUUCCUCUUGUCCUGUGACCAGAAUGAAAAGGAAGGAAUUGAACGCCGCGAAUGGGAUUUCUGUUUUCCAAAAACAGCAGGUAACAUUUGA